AUGAAGGUCAUCUUCCUUGAAAAUAUGUAUUUCAAUAGAAAAAUUGUGCCAGUAGUAAAGCCGAAGAAGGUGUAUCCUGUCGCCGAGGACUUCUUAAAGCUGGCCAUGAUUUACUUUCGUUCAAUGGGUGUGGAACCCUUCGAAUCGGACCACAAAUCCGGCCUUGGAACUCAUCUGUACCUUGUGUUUCACGUAGUUAAUCUGAUCUUUGUCUGGGUCUCAAUAAUGGUGUUUGUGAUUGAUUCCGUGCGAAGCGACAAGAGCACGGAUUUCCUUAAGAUUCCCAUGGUGGUGGGCCAAAUCAUAUUCGGCAACGUGGGCGUCUUAAAGAUCAUCGCUAUUCAAUUGCAGAAGCAAAAUCUGACCAAGUUAAUGCACCAUAUUUCGAACAUUUUUCCACAGCCCAUAGAGAAGGAGCAGCAGAUGUUUAGGGUAAAGAUCUAUCUGAAACGCUGCCAGCUUAUCUCAAAGCGUUUUGCUUGUCUUCUGAUCACUAUGAUUACCACAAACAGCCUGUUUGCUGUUCCGAAGUACGUCAUCCAAAGGUGGUUGCUCCACGUGCCCAAUGUCGAGCUCAACCUGCCCUUUGUGCCCAUUGCGCCUUGGAGUUAUCGUGGAACAUGGAGAUUUUUUCCUACCUACCUGCUCCAGUCGAUCGCUGCUUACACAUGUACUUGUGGCUGUGUAUCUGCCGAUCUCUUGAUGUUCGCUGUGGCCAUGCAGGUCAUAAUGCAUUUCAAAAGACUGGCCAGGACUCUCAGGGAUUUCGAUGUUCGGGAUCAUCGCAAUACCAGAUGGGCUGAAGAGGAUCUAAGGAAGUUAAGAUCCCUGAUUGCGCGGCACAUGGAAAUAUUAGAACAUUUGCAGAGUAAUGGUAUAAGCCUUGCUGUCUAUGAAAUGAAUUGGAUGGAAUCCGACCCCCGAUUCCGCAAAAUGCUUAUUUUGAUGUCUUUGCGGGCCCAGAAGCCCGUCUGCUUAAGAGCCACCAUAUUCUUGGACGUGUCCUUUGAGACUAUGAGCAUUUUCAUGCAAGUGUCUUACAAGUUCUUCAGCGCCAUUCGGUUGAUGUAUAAGUAA